CCGAUAUCCCCCCAAUUGAACCACAUCGUCAUAACGCAGCCGUCGCGCCAGCAAGGCCCAGUUCGCUCAAAAAACGCAUUUCCGUGGUUUCUCUACAAUGUCAUUACAUUCGGCCACGUGUUCUUCCGCUCCGGAUCCGUCUCGAGCCCGCGCCCACCACCGCCAGUUGCGCCUGCGCCCGUGCCCUCCUCGUCUGCCCCUUCACCGGCAGGGCCCAAUUCGCCCAAAAGAAGGGGCUUUCGCCUUUUUCUCACAAUGUCAUGACAUCGGGGAAGGGAUGGAGGGACUUGUGUUGCUCCAGCUCGCGCCGGGCGGCCCGCGCCCGUUGCUAACUUUGGUAGGUAGAAGAGGUUGUAGGGUGUAUGCGGCCCAUGACUGUGAGGCCCAAAAAGGGCCGCCGCCCGCGAUGCCCUCUCGCACGUGGCGUCACCCGUCUGAGGUUUUCUUCUGCGAGCGCGCUGUGACGAGCGAGUCGGGCGGCAUCAUCAAGAGCUCGUCACCGGUGGGGUCUUGUUUCCUCGAACUGAGACCGGGCUUUGGCGGCGCAGGCUCUCUCGGUCGGGCUGAAGAGGGUGGCGGCGGCGGCGACCCGGGUGGUGCCUUGGCCGGAAGUCUGGCUAGGCUGCCGUCCACGGCCCCGGCCCCGGCCCCUGCCGCAAGGCUGUGAGGCUCGAGGCCGUGCGGCCUGGCUUGGCUUCGUUAUGUAUUGUCCGCUUCGGCGUUGGUCGUUGUUGGCGGCAGCGGUCAGGUAUCGUGGGACCUUGAGAUCUAUGUAUGUCUCUAGCCAGGGCCCGCGAGAGAGGUAUUUAACGGCGUCGUGAGGCGGCUUCGUGCGGCGUGGUGCAGCUUUGAGAGGCGUUGGGCCGCCGUACCAAUAGCACUACUCCUUUUAUUUUCAUCAUGUUUUCGG